UGGGAAGGCCGGCCUGGGGCAGGGGGUCUGCGGGGCCGCGUAGUGUCCGGGCCCUGCCCAGCAGCCGCUUUCCUGGCGUUGGGCACGCAAAGCGCUCGCAGCAGCGCCAGGCCCGGGGCCGGCGCUCUCCAGGGGUUCGUUCGCUCUUACGAUCGGGCCCCUUCCCGCUGCUGCCGGGGCGGCCGACCGGCGUGCGGCUAGGGAACCCUAGGCUCUGGAGCCCGAGGACGAGGAACGACGGCGGGGGUCGGAGAUACAAGGACGGGGCGGAGCCCAAGCGACUCAGGGACGUGAGCCACCCCAAGCGCGCCCACCCCGCCCGCUCCCAUGUCCUAGCCAGUUUUUGCCGGCUCGGCUCGAGCAGGCCCUAUCCUUCUCUCGGGUACGGCCUAAACGCCCCAGCACGUGACGUCGCCGCACGCCGUGCCCGCCCCACUCCCACGGCCAGACCGGUCUGUGCCGCUUUGGCUCGUGCAGGCUCCGCCCCUCACCGCCCUCUAGCCUACACGGCCUCUCGUGACGCUUGGGCUCUCCAGCCACGCCCACUCCCACCGCCAGACCGGUCUGCGCCGGCUGCGCCAGCGGUUCGGCUCCGCCCUGUGCAGCGCGCGCAGCCCACGACUGUGACGCGAGCGCGGCCGCUCCCGAGUGCUCGCGCUGCCCCCGCCGUGCUGACAGGCAGUCGUCGCUCGGCUUGUGUUGCCAGGCCCGGGCCGCCCCCAGGCCUUCGCCUCCUACCUCCCGCUACGCCCGCCAUGGACGACUACGCGGUUCUGUCGGACACCGAGCUGGAUGUCGUGCUGCGCCAGUACAACAUCCCGCACGGGCCCGUCGUGGGCUCCACUCGCAAUCUCUACGAAAAGAAAAUCUUCGAGUACGAGACCCAGAGGCGGAGGCUUUCGCCCCCUAACUCGUCUGCCUCCUCGUCCUCCUAUCGGUUCUCGGACUUGGAUUCAGCACCCGUGGACUCGGAUAUGUACGAUCUGCCCAAGAAAGAGGACGCCUUACUUUACCAGAGCAAGGGCUGUAAUGACGAGUACUAUGAGGAGAGUUACCUGACCACCAGGACUUACGGGGAGGCCGAUUCUAUGGGUACAUCCAAGGGCUUCCGCCAGCCGGUGACUUCACUCUUAGAUGCUGACACCUUCCAUCACCAGAUGCGUGAUGACAGUCUUUUUUCUUCUUCUGAAGAGGACAGCAAGGAUAGGGAACGCCCCAUGUAUGGCCGGGACAGUGCCUACCAGAGCAUCGCACACUACCGCCCCGUUUCCAACAUCUCCAGGAGCUCCCUGGGCCUGUCCUAUUAUCCUACAUCCUCCUCCACCUCUUCUGUGUCCUCAUCUUCAUCUUCCUCCCCUUCAUGGCUCACCCGACGUGCCAUCCGGCCAGAAAAGCAGGCCCCUAGGGCCAGUCUGGGCCAGGAUCGCCAGGUCCCGCUCUGGGGCCAGCUGCUGCUUUUCCUGGUCUUAGUUGCUUUCCUCCUCUUUGUUUACUACUCCAUGCAGCUUGAGGAGGGCAACCCCUUCUGGAUGGAUCCCUGAGGAUCUUGGCUUCGGAGCCAGCUCUUCUCAGAAGUCCUGGCUGACUGCUUCAGCAGUGUUUGAUGGGG